ACUCCCACGCUACAUAUCAAACGCGUUUUCUCCCGGGCCUUUUGCUCGAUUCAUAGCUGCGCAACCAAUCUAUUAUCUGCCUAAGCAGCUUGCUUGCUACCGCCCUGUCGCUUAUUCGUCCCUUGGCGGGUCCAGGUGACUCCGACUCUGGCACGGUUCGCUUGCCUACAGUCGCCUUCUUUUCUGGAGCUGUGCUUCCCAGCUGAUAGUUGAGAUGGCCUCUACUGCUUCCUCCUCACCCUCCGCCAUAAAUGGCGACCCUCACACCAGUUCCAAAUUCCCUGCCUCUCUUGCUCGACUUCCUCAGCUACACCAUGUCAUCACAUCUUUCCCCCUCAAUAUCACCACACCCCCGGCGUCAACUUCUGCAUCUCCAUCCGCAACCACCUCCAGCUCUGUCUUUGCAGGGCGCAGUUCCUCCAAUGCUUCCAGCCCAGCUACCACCCCGUUCCAGAGUGCCGCAGACGGUUUCCGAGGGCGACUGCUCCCUGGUACGCUUGCAUCUCCUCUUCCCCUUGAGCUGGGUGAGUCCGUUAUGGCCGUGCCCGGAAACGUCAACUCGAACAACGCGAGCGACCCCGUCAUCUCCAGCAAUGUCAAAGGCCCAGGUUUGAUGCGAAGGAUUUCGCGGGGUGCAGCUAACAAGCUCACGCGCAGGAGACAAUCGACAUCUCACCAUGAUAAGAGAGAUCACAGCUCGGGUCCUGUUAUCAUGCGCAGACGCAGUGACAGCAAGACCGGUGCGAAUAGUGGCCGUGAGACGUCUCUAGACUCCAGCUAUGAAGAUGAGGACAACGAAGCAAUCGAUUUCCUGGGUCCUUGGUGCGGCUCGGAAGCCACUAGUAUGACCAGUGAGCACCGGAUGCCUAUGGCACGCGAGGUUGGCACUGUUGCGCCCAAGGUCGAUUCCUCGCUUCAGCGCGGUACGCUCCUCACCAAAGUCACCAAGAAGAAGACAAGGUCGGUUCGGUUCUUCCUCGAGCUUGAUUCAGCAAAAGUCUUCUGGGAUCCGGCCAAUCCUGCAAAGAGAUUUUACAUUGACGACAUUAAAGAGAUCCGUGUCGGGGUCGAUGCGCGGAAUUACCGCGAAGAACACCAGAUCCCCCAGGAUAUGGAGAGCCGCUGGUUCACGAUCAUCUUCGCUGAUCCAGAGCGCUCCAAAGGCCGUCCCGUCAAGACCAUGCACCUCAUCGCACCCGAUGAUCACACUUUCGAACUUUGGACGACCACGUUGGAGCAUAUCUCCAGGUACAGAAUUGGCCUCAUGGCUGGUCUGGCUGGAUCCGGCCAGAGUGAGGCGGUCCUGAAGGCCCACUGGCAGCGAGAACUGUCCAGAUUGUCAGCUCAAGGCCUGGCCGUGGGAGAAGAGGAAGGUUUGGACCAGUCUGCGAUCGAAAGUGUAUGUCGCAGUCUGCAUAUAAACUGUUCACGGGACAUGCUCCGUGCUCAGUUCUUGAAAGCCGAUGUAGGAGCCAAGGGCAAGUUGAACUUUGGCGAGUUCAAAGAAUUCCUCGCAGGACUGAAGGAGCGGAAAGAUCUCAGAAACAUCUUCGCAGAGCUGGCAGCCAGUCCCAAAGAAGGUCUGACGCUGGAAGAAUUCCUGGUCUUCCUGCGCGAGAUGCAGCGGGAGGAUGUGGACACCGACAAAGAAUACUGGGUGACCGUGUUUGAAAAGUUCGUCCGGAAAUCCAAGUCCCGCGCCCAGAGUCUGCCUGAACCUUUGGAAGGUUACAUGUGUCGAAUGAAUUUCGAUGCUUUCUCAUCGUUCUUGGCUUCUGCGUCGAACGGUAUAUAUGCCUCUCGCGCUCCCCGAUCGCCGUUUGAUCGACCGCUGAACGAAUAUUUCAUCUCGAGUUCCCAUAAUACCUAUCUACUUGGAAGACAGGUCGCUGGUGCGUCAAGCACAGAAGCUUAUAUCACUGCGUUGCAACAAGGAUGCCGCUGCGUGGAGAUUGACUGCUGGGACGGCGCAGACGGUCGUCCCAUCGUUUCCCACGGAAGAACCAUGACCAGCAGUGUUCUAUUCGCUGAUUGCAUCGCAGUGAUUAACCGCUACGCUUUUCUUAAAUCAGAGUUUCCACUUAUUCUGUCUCUCGAGGUGCAUUGCAAUCCAGAGCAGCAGCUUGCAAUGGUCAAGAUCAUGAAGGAGACAUUUGGUGAUCAGCUUGUACUGGAACCUUUGCUCACGAACUGUCCCAUCCUUCCCACUCCCGAGGAAUUAAAGCGCAGAAUUCUCAUCAAGGUAAAGACUUCAGAUGAGGCCGAUGAGAGUGACAUUUUUACCGACACGAAAAGCACGACAAGCACCACGAGCACCACUGGACGUAAGCGCAGUUCUAGUUCUCCGUUUACUCAAGCCACCAUCCUGGAGAGUCCUAAUCUAGCGUCCUGUCCACCACUCUCUAGCCCGCCCACUAUUGGCCCUGGAGAAGGGGCGACCUCAAACUGGAUGCCUGGCCGACGGUCAGCCACUACUACCAGUAUGAGCAGCGCCACCGACGACAGCGAUGGUGCACUGGGGUCCAGCAAGAGAGACAAGAGGAGACGCCAUAAGAGUAAAAUCACCAAGCCUCUCUCGGACCUGGGUGUCUAUACCCGUGGAUACAAGUGGCAGAGUUUCACGUCCUCCGACAGCAAGCGCUUCAACCAUGUGUACUCUUUUGCUGAGAGAUCCUUCGAGAGUAUCUGCCGUGACUCUGAAAACAAAGUCCUCCUCGAGAAACACAAUCGGAAAUAUCUUACCCGUGUCUACCCUUCUGGAUUCCGUCUCCGGUCCUCCAACUUCGAUCCCAAUGCCUUCUGGCGGCGCGGUGUGCAGAUGGUUGCUCUCAACUGGCAAACGUACGAUGUGGGAAUGCAGAUGAAUCAGGCGAUGUUUGCUGCAGGAACAAAUCGGACUGGAUACGUACUGAAACCAGAAAGCUUACGCGCGCCGAAUCUUGGUUUUGACUCGUUUUCGCUGCACGACGGACGACCUAAGAUUGAAAGGAAGCUUGUCCGUUUCUCAGUAGACGUGAUCUCUGCCCAGCAACUUCCGCGGCCCCGCAGUCUGGGACCUGACGAGAACAUCAACCCUUACAUCGAGAUCGAGAUAUUUAGUGCCGAUGACAGGGGUCAGAGUCUGGCUUUUGGCGAAGGUGGUAUGAAUGCUUCCGCUCGUAAUGGCAUGUCUGGUAUUGGUCUUCCUCAUCGUAGGAGGACAAGGAUUGAACAAAGCAACGGAUACAGUCCAUUCUUCAACGACAAGUUCAAGCUGUCUCUAGAGACCAAAUAUCCGGAUCUAGUCUUCGUACGAUGGACUGUGUGGAGCUCACUUGACGGGCGAAGCGCUGGCAAUAAUAACAGCAUUCAACUUGCCACAUUCACGGCCAAACUGAGCAGUCUCUCUCAGGGUUACCGUUACCUGCCUCUGUACGAUGGAAGCGGUGACCAGUAUCUCUUCUCAACUUUAUUCUGCAGAAUUACCAAGGAAGACCCCGUGCCUGUCACGCGGCUUGAUCUCGACGAGCUGAAGGCCGAGCGAGUAGGCAUUUUCCGUCAGAUAGGCCAGACUGUCUUCAAGCGUGCUGUAUCCAGCGAGAGAACACGCGAAGACAAAGGCCGAGACAAGAGCAUGUGUCUCGAGGACGAAUCUGGCCGGAGUAGAGAUUGCUCGCCAGCAUUGACACCGACGAUUUCGGCAGUCUCGAGCUCGUCGAUUCCUCCUUUCAACCCUUCAUCCAUUUGAGCUUUGAAAAGCUGAGCAGACUGGCGCUUUGCCAGCCGAUUGCAGGUUUGGCGACCUGCUCCACAA